AUGCCCGGGCGUUUGCGGUUGUUCAGCAUCGGAUACUCCAGCAGUGUUACCGAGUGGGAUCUUGCGACAGGACUCCCCCUGCGCCACUCCAAUGGGAAUCACAGCGAGGUCUGGUGCUUUGCUGCCCAGCCACGACAGAAAGGCAACGCGCACCAGAAGAUUGUCGCAGGUUGCGCGGACGGCACCAUUGUCCUGCUCUCCACCGAGGACGACGAUCUCACUUUCGACCGGUUCGUUUCACGCGCAACGAACAAGAAAGCUCGCGCUUUGAGCAUCACAUACAAGGACAACGACACUGUCUUGGCUGGUUUCGCGGACAGUAUGAUUCGAGUCUUCGACACCAGAAAUGGGAACGUCAUUCGGAACAUCUCAUUGGGCAGUGGUCUUCAUGGCGGGCCCAAAGAGAUUCUCGUCUGGAAAACGCAAAGAAUUGCUGGACACGAGGCAGACAUUCUCGAUUUGGCAGUUUCGCGAGAUGGAACUAGCAUCUUCAGUGCGGGCAUGGACCGUCGCACAUGUUUCUAUACCAGCAAGAAAUCCACGACAAAGGUCGAUGGCCAGCAUGGAAAGUGGAGAAAGGUUUCACAUCAGCGAUACCAUCAACACGAUGUCAAAGCAAUGGCGACCUAUGAAGGAAGCAAACUGAGCGUCGUAGUCUCUGGAGACGAUGGCACAGAGAAGCCCAAGGUCGUUGCGCGCUUAGCACUGCAAGGGGAGGAGAACAUCACAUCCGCCUCAAUCAGUCAAGACGGUGGUUUACUCGCCGUUUCCACUACCAGUACGGUCAAACUAUUCCAAUUGAUCCAGCCUCAAGUUGGAGCUGGCGCAAGCCUCCGUAUCAGAAAGGUAGACAUGCCUUCAAUUACCGGUACCAGGACUGUGAGACUGUCGGCAAAUGGCAAAUGGUUGUCAGCGAUCAGCGCAAUGAACGACGUCCAGCUGGCUCGAGUAGUGAGGACAGGGGAUUUCAGUGACCCACCUCGUGUACUGAACAGAGUCCAACAUCUGCAUCGUCUAGAUCGCGACGAUGUUCCAGGCACUCAGUUACGCGGAAUGUCGGGAUCAUACGAGCGCUCUAUUGCGCACGCUGAGUUCUCGGCAGAUGCUAACGUCUUUGCCGUCGUCGAUCUUGCCGGCUAUGUCGACACGUGGGUUGUUGAAGGUCAUGAGGAUGCGACAGCACCGGAGGUGGACAUCAACGAACUCGCUCCAGCUAACUCUGGUGUGAAUGAGUCUGAGGAAGAUGAGGUGGAAGAGCGGGAGCAGAUCAUCUUCCUAGGCCAGCACUGGAUCAGGAACCCGUCUGGACAUCUGGUGCCUCGCCUAGACUCUACGCCAGUCCUGCUCUCAUUUCAGCCGGGCUCGAACGAGUCCAAAGAGACAGAACCGAAUGGCAACCCUGCUGUACAUCCAACAAGACACAACCCACACCCGCAUUCACACGAGUUGCCUACGGCGGACUAUCGCCUGCUCCUAGUCUCUGCGGAACACCAAAUUUACCUUUUCGAUGUCAUGACUGGACGUAUGUCAGGAUGGUCAAGAAGAAACCCGCCAUCAAGCUAUCCGCGGGAGUAUCAACUGCUCGACCUGCCUGCGAAGGGAUGCGUUUGGGACGUCAGCGUGGAACAGCAGCGGCUCUGGCUUUACGGCGAAAAGUGGCUUUUCAUGUUUGAUCUCACCAAGGACUUUGACAUAUCUGGCGCGGAUAGCGGAGCUUCGUCCAAGAAGCGUAAACGGAAUGGCCAGAAGGACAACAGUGGCGCCGGCGACGUCAUUCCUCAGAGUGAUGUGCCUGUCACGAAGAUGCGCAAAUACGAUAGUAGCAAGAACAACGAGGCUGGAAAGGCACAAUGGGUAAACGUCGAUUCCGCCGGGCCUGUACAUACCGAUGAAGAAGAUGAUGCGGAAGGGAGCAGCCGUCCUCUAGCUAUCUUACGGAGAGGCAGCAAUCAGGGUGGAGAGCAGGCCAACGGUCAGCUGACAAAUGGUGAGGAGGGUGGCGAAGCUGCCGAACAGCAAAGCCGCAGCGAGUCGUGGUGGCACACUUUCAAAUACCGUCCUAUCCUAGGUAUAUUGCCGAUAGGCGGGAGCGUGGAUCAGAGUCCUGAGGUAGUUCUGGUGGAGAGGCCGUCGUGGGAUCUUGACCUGCCAGCGAGAUUUGUUGGCUCGCACGAGUAG